UUAUAAAAAGUUAUGCAACCUUUGUCAUAUUGGUUAACUAUUGCGUUGCAUAAUAUUUAAAGAAUUGUAGUUAACGUAACUAUUUUUCCUUAUUCUGGUAAUAAUAACCUGUAUUGUUAUCCUUAUUCUUGACAUAACCAAGUAGCACAAUGCUUGUGUACGUUCCUGUGGCAAUUAUUGUAUUUCUAAUUCUUCUAAGAUUAUAUCUGAAGUCAUGUGUGAAAAAGUGUACGUGCAAAUCGACAUUGGUUGGAAAGACAGUUAUAGUGACAGGCGCAAACAGCGGGAUCGGAUAUCACACUGCAUACAAAUUAGCAGCGAAAGGAGCUAGAACAAUUCUCGCUUGCAGAGACGAAAGGCGAGCGCGAGCAGCGGUGGAAAAAAUAAUAAAGGGAACUGGUAAUAUGCAAGUCAUCUAUAAACACCUCGACUUAACAUCGUUGCAAUCCGUUCGUGAUUUUGCUGAUGAUGUUUUAAAAACAGAAGACCGCCUUGAUGUUCUUGUAAAUAACGCAGGGGCUUGUGCCCUUGAAAAUAAAUAUACGAAAGAUGGCAUUAUAGAAGGCAUGCAAGUCAAUCAUUUUGGACCAUUUCUACUGACCCUAAUUUUAUUACCUUUGCUGAAAAGAUCACAACCCAGCAGAAUUGUGAACGUGAGCUCCUUGAUAUACAUGAUGGGUUGUGUGGAUUUCAAAAAGUUAAACGAAAAGAGAUCGUGUAAACAAAUUUUGUAUGCAGAUAGCAAGUUAUGCAAUCUGUUAAUACAACAAGAAUUUGCAAGGCGCCUUGAGGAAAUGGAUGUUACGAUAAACUCGGCGCAUCCUGGAGUCAUUAUGACAAACAUUUUAGGAGAAUUGAAUCCGUUGUUUGAAGCAUUUCUGACCUUUAUGUGCUGGAUGAGUCCUAGGUCUAUUGAAGAUGGAGCAGAGACGGUGGUUCAUUUAGCUUUAUCUCAAGAAUGUGGAACUUAUUCUGGAAAAUUUUAUAUUGAUUGUAAAGAGAGAUAUCUAUUGUAUAAAGCAAGAGACCUCGACCUUGCGAAAAAACUUUGGGAACUAUCCGAAAAUGAAGUUAAAGACUUUUUGUAAAGGCAUUUUAUGUAAUUAUUUUAGUGAAUAAAUGAAAUUUUCUAAAAUAUCAAAUUAAAUCAGACUUUAAAAUUUA